UUGGCUUUUACUAUCUAACACAGUCGGCUGAUAUCACGCAUCUGGAAAGCACCAGGUAGGAUUCGCUGCGACAGCCAUGCCUCCCAGGCCCUCUUCAGGAGAACUAUGGGGGAUGCACUUGAUGCCCCCCAGCAUCUUAGUGGACUGCUUGCUGCCAAAUGGCAUGAUUCUCACAUUGGAGUGCCUCCGGGAAGCGACGCUCGUCACGGUCAAGCAUGAGCUCUUCAAAGAAGCCAGGAAGUACCCUCUCUACCAUCUGCUGCAGGAGGAGAGCUCGUACAUCUUCGUCAGCGUCACGCAGGAGGCCGAGCGGGAGGAGUUUUAUGACGAGACCAGGAGGCUCUGCGAUCUCAGACUGUUUCAAGCUUUCCUCAAAGUUAUCGAACCAGUGGGCAACAGAGAGGAGAAAAUCCUGAACAGAGAAAUCGGUUUUGCUAUUGGGAUGCCCAUAUGCGAGUUUGAUUUGGUGAAGGACUCAGAAGUACAGGACUUUAGGAGAAACAUUUUAAAUGUUUGCAAAGAAGCAGUGGACCUCAGAGACAGCAACGGAUCCCACAGCAGAGCGUUGUACGUCUACCCUCCUAACGUAGAAUCCUCUGCAGAACUUCCCAGGCACAUCUAUAAUAAACUCGAUAAAGGUCAGAUCAUUGUGGUGAUUUGGGUCAUCGUUUCACCCAGCAAUGACAAACAGAAGUACACCCUGAAGAUCAACCACGACUGUGUGCCGGAGCAGGUGAUAGCCGAAGCCAUCCGUAAGAAGACGCGGAGCAUGCUGCUAACCCAGGAGCAGCUAAAGAUGUGCGUCCAGGAGUACCAGGGGAAGUACAUCCUCAAAGUCUGUGGCUGUGAUGAGUAUCUGCUGGAGAAAUACCCCCUGAGUCAGUACAAGGAGCAUUGUCCUCUGGCCUGGGGCAACAUCAACCUUUUUGAUUACACUCACACGCUAGUAGCAGGAAAGAUGGCUCUCAACCUGUGGCCGGUCCCACACGGCCUGGAGGACCUGCUCAAUCCCAUCGGGGUCACAGGCUCCAACCCCAACAAGGAAACGCCUUGCUUGGAGCUGGAGUUCGACCAUUUCAGCUGCCCUGUGAAGUUCCCCAAUAUGAGCCAGAUCGAGGAACACGCCAACUGGAAUAUAUCUACAGAGCUGGGCUUUAACUACAGUCACAACGGAUCGAGUAACAGAUUUGCGCGGGACAACCCUCUGACUGAGAGCGAUAAUGAGCAGCUGAGACAGGUGUGCAACCGAGACCCGCUGUCUGAGAUCACUGAGCAGGAGAAGGACUUCCUGUGGAGGCACAGACAUCACUGCAUCAACAUCCCGGAUAUUCUUCCCAAGAUCCUCCUGGCUGUGAAGUGGAACUCCAGGGAUGAGGUUGCACAAAUGUAUUGCCUUCUAAAAGACUGGCCUGCAAUUAGGCCAGAGCAAGCCAUGGAGUUGCUGGAUUGCAACUUCCCCGACCCCAUGAUCAGAGAGUUUGCCGUGAAGUGCCUUGAGAAAUACCUGACGGAUGACAAACUCUCGCAGUACCUCAUCCAGCUGGUCCAGGUUCUAAAGUAUGAGCAGUAUCUCGAUAACCCGCUUGCACGCUUCCUGCUGAAAAAGGCAUUAACCAAUCAGAGGAUAGGACAUUUCUUCUUCUGGCAUUUGAAAUCAGAGAUGCACAACAAGACGGUGAGCCAGCGGUUCGGCCUCCUGCUGGAGUCGUACUGCCGGGCGUGCGGCGUGUAUCUGAAGCACCUGAGCAGACAGGUGGAAGCCAUGGAGAAACUCAUCAACCUCACCGACCUGCUCAAACAGGAGAAAAAAGAUGAGGCGCAGAAGGUUCAAAUGAAGUUUCUGGUCGAGCAGAUGAAGAGGCCUGACUACAUGGAUGCACUACAAAGCUUUACCUCUCCGCUGAAUCCUGCACAUCAGCUGGGAAACCUCCGCCUGGAGGAAUGCAGGAUGAUGUCAUCUGCAAAGCGACCUCUUUGGUUAAACUGGGAAAACCCAGAUAUGAUGUCAGAGCUGCUUUUUCAGAACAAUGAAAUCAUCUUCAAAAACGGAGACGAUCUGAGGCAGGACAUGCUGACGCUGCAGAUCAUUAGGAUAAUGGAGAACAUCUGGCAGAACCAGGGCCUUGAUCUCAGGAUGCUGCCGUACGGCUGCCUGUCUAUCGGCGACUGUGUGGGUUUGAUCGAAGUGGUGAGGAAUUCUCACACUAUCAUGCAGAUCCAGUGCAAAGGAGGCCUGAAGGGGGCGCUGCAGUUCAACAGCCACGCACUGCAUCAGUGGCUCAAAGAUAAGAACAAGGGAGAAAUGUACGACCAGGCCAUAGAUCUGUUCACCCGCUCCUGUGCCGGCUACUGCGUGGCCACCUUCAUCCUCGGCAUCGGUGACCGACACAACAGCAACAUCAUGGUGAAAGAUGACGGACAGCUGUUCCACAUAGAUUUUGGGCAUUUCCUCGACCACAAGAAGAAGAAGUUUGGGUACAAGAGAGAGCGGGUCCCGUUUGUGCUCACGCAGGACUUUCUGAUCGUCAUCAGCAAAGGAACCCAGGAGUGCACAAAAACCAGAGAAUUUGAAAGGUUCCAGGAGAUGUGUUACAAGGCCUACCUGGCAAUCCGGCAGCACGCCAACCUCUUCAUCAACCUCUUCUCCAUGAUGCUGGGCUCGGGGAUGCCUGAGCUGCAGUCGUUCGACGACAUCGCGUACAUCAGGAAGACCCUGGCGCUAGACAAGUCUGAGCAGGAGGCCCUGGACUACUUCAUGAAGCAGAUGAACGACGCCCAUCACGGCGGCUGGACCACCAAGAUGGACUGGAUCUUCCACACAAUCCGCCAGCACGCCAUGAACUGAGAGGAGGGGGGGGAGCCGUUCCGAACAGCUUAACCUCCCCCGUUAGAGACAUUGAAAAGGACUCGGAGAACCAUUGAAGUUUUACUUCACAUGAACCUAAUUAGUAUAAAAGAAAAAAACCUCAAUGAACACUAAUCUUUAUAAAAACUCUAAAAAAAUAUAUAUUAUUUUCUUACUUUUUAAUCCCUUCCAUACGUCCCCAACCAUCAGGAGCGAAACACGACAAACGCUGCAGCACAAGACGGAAGAUGAGCCCAACCAGCCCAAAGUUUACACGGUGGUUUGAUAAACACUGAGUGCCCCAGUAAGGCGGCGCCCCCCCGCAUCCAUUAACAGACUUUUCUACAGCAGUAUCUCUAUUUGCCUAUACGCAUUUGGUGCACAUGUUCCUUUUUAACAGAGUUUUCUACUGAGCCAAAGUUCCCUGUAUAUUUGUGUGUAUGCGUGUGUGUUUAAAACCCCACUACAUGGCAGUCUUAUUUUAAACCAACCCAAAAAAAGAAAAGAAUUCCCCUCUAUUCCACGGCUUGUGUUCACAUUAGCACUGAUCUCUGCAGUAUUUGUUUAGUCUGUCAGUAUUACUGUCACCUGUAAAGAAACCAUCAUCCGGACCCGACCUCACAGGACGACAAAGCUCCUCUUUUUGGUUCUUUUUUUUUCUCCAGGAUUCGAAAAAUGAGGAGGAAAAAAAAAAAGCGGAUUUGAAUGUUCCUAAAGCAUCACGUUCUGUUCUACUAUGCAAGUUGCAGCUCUAAAAAUGUACUAUAUGCUAGAAAAAGACUGAAACCUCCCUGAGGAUACUCGGAAAUGUGUCGGUGAAGGACAGACGGCUGCCUUGAGGGGGGAAAAACAAAAUAAGAUGCCAGACUACUUCCAUUGGAGGAGUACGGUCUGCUUCCUCCCUGCAGAAUGAGAUCUGUUUGGGAAAACACUUCAAAUCCUGCCUGGUUUUUUUUUGUUUGUUUUUUUGUUUUGGGUGGGAACGGGUCCUGAAGCAUCAACCCAAGCUGUGCUCCUCAUCCUAAUCCUUCAUUUUGACAUGUGGGAAAAGAAAACGGGAUAUUCCUCCGCCUUCAAAGUAGACCCGGGUUACGCCCCCUCUGUUCUCUAAGAAGUUUGUUUCAGAACCUCUUAAAUUAUUCUAUCAUCCACAUUUCCACAGUUAAAGUCCCGCUAAUGAGACGAUUGACAGGAUGGAAAACAAACAGCAGGCUACCUCCGCUACAUAUAGCCAACUAUCGCAUGAUUUAACUUGGUUAGAUCAGACCAAGAUGGCAGUUUGGAGGUAUAUUCAUAAGUUAAGGUGUAAAAACGAAGUAAGCCUUGCUUAUCAUUAGCUAGCUAAUAAAACAGGAAUCUAAACUACAAGCAGCGUUUCUAUAAAGCAGCAGGCUAGCUAGCGCAGCGGGAAACGGCUAACCAGCUAAUAUAAUGUAAGUUAGGGGGUGAAUGUUGAUCAGAUACUGUUUAAAGCAAAAAAACAAUUUUGGAAAAAAAAA